AUGCAGUGGUAUGCUACUUUGAUUGAUAAGAAGAACCUUCUUGUCAACAAUUAUCUGGAUGACAUGAGAAGUUCAAUCAAAGUUUCAGAAGACUAUGAGAUUGAGCAAGAUGAAGAAAUGGACCAAGAUAAAAAUGUUGGAAUGGAACAAGAUGAAAACAUUGAAAUGGCUGAUGGUACUAUGCUAUAUCAGUACUUCGGCAGACCCUCUCAGUCGGCGGUCACAAAUGUCACAUUUUUUGGCGGAUGA